AUGAAGUACGUCAUUGAGCACAUGGAAGAGGGAUUUUCCGAAUGGGUUAUUUUGGAGUACUCCCAGAUCAUCAAAGAUGUCGGAAAGGAAAACUUGGUCUUGACUUCUUUGCCCGCCGGAACCACCGAGAAAGACAUUCCUCAAAGACUUAGAGAUUUGGGUUUGCAAUGGACCAUAGAGGAAUGCGUGCAUUUGGAUGGCGGAGUCGACACAUCCAGAGUGUGUCUUCUUGACCCAGGUGCCGAGAAGGAUUUGGUUCCGGAAGACUCGUCGAAAUUCGACUAUUUUGUCUUUGGAGGGAUCUUGGGGUCCCACCCUAGAAUCGACAGAACAGGCGUUUUGAGAGAAAAGUACGGUUUUGCCGGAAGAAGAUUGGGCGCUUUGCAGAUGACCACGGAUACGGCAAUCAGAACGACACAACGCAUUGUCAAGGAUGGGAAAAAGUUUGAGGAAAUCAACUUCAUCGAUUAUCCUGAGAUUAGAUACAACAAGUACGAAUCGACAGAGAUGCCUUUCAGAUACAUUUUGGACAGCGAGGGCACGCCGAUUUUGCCUGAGGGCAUGUUGAAGUUGAUUGAGCACGAUGCAGAGCAAAGCAUUGAUGAUUUGUUGGUGGAGUAA